AGCGUCGCCUGAUGGGCGCGCGCGCCGUCUGGAAGGGGCUGGACCGCUCCCUGCCGCUCAAGCCCAGCCCGCUGGUGUCCACGCUCAGCGAGAAAGACCUGCUGGUGUCGCCCGUGUCCACAACCAGCCGCAUCGAGAGCAAACGACGCGAGGCCCUGUGGGACCUCUUCCAGAGCGAAUGCGCCUUUCUCUACGACCACCUCAUGGUUCUCAAAAACGUGUUCAUGGAACCACUUAAGAAGAUACAAGUUGAGGGAUUUGCUAUGUUUGCUGAACCUGAGCUCCUGUUUGGGAAUUUAGACGAGCUAUGUUGUGUAACGUACGCAUUCUGUAAGGAGUUCAUAAGCUUGAUGUUGGAAAACGUUGGACCUAAUGGUGACCUGCCUGUUACCGACGUCUUGGUCAAGUUAUUUCAAAAGAGUUCGCAGGCUGAUUCAGUCUCACAAGCAUACCACUGUUAUGCACUGAAUUACAUCAAUGCUCUAAAUUAUCUAGAGACCCUAAGAAGGCACGUGGAAUUCUGCGAAUUCGAAAAGUGGUGCAACAGGGAUCCGAGAUGCAAGAAGCUGCAGCUAACAGAUUUGCUAGUGGCUCCAGUACAGCACAUAAUGAAAGUUCCACUUAUCCUAAAGGAAGUAGAAACGAGGACUGAAGAACCAGCAGAGAGAGAAUUGAUAGCUCAGAUUCUAGAAGUUGAGGAAAACUCCAUCAGGGAGCUAGAUGACAAGAUGAAAUGGUUGAAAAAUUUUGAAAGACUUUUGGAAAUACAGAGAAACAUAGUGUGGCCAUCAGUUUUUGAGCUGGACUCUAAAGUCUAUGUUCCAGAAUUUCUGAAACCUGCACUUAUGAAGCAACCGUGUGACAGAAUUAUUGUUAGUCCUAGAAGGCAAAUCAUUAUCGAAGGUCUAUUGCAAGUUUGGGAUACAGGAAAGCCACAGGAGAUGUACGUCGUCUUAUUUGAUGACAUGCUUUUGAUUACACGGAAGAAGAAAGGAUUAUCAAAAAAGAAAUCAUCCAUUUCUGAGAACUGGGCAAGUUCAUGCAGCCGUGGGUCACCCUCCAAUGAACCUGCAGUGCGCUACAUUGUGUACAAACAACCACUCUCACUAGAUCGCUUCUUCAUUCAUGACGUGACAACCCUGGAAAGCGCCAGUUGUCGCUUGGAAAAUGCAUUUGUUUUAGUGAGCUUGAACAGAUUUCAACAAGUUGUUACCAUUCACACAUUUCAAGCCCCAUCUGAUCAAGUAAAGCAAACCUGGCUGCUGAAGCUUAGAGACACCCAGGACAAGUGGAAACGGACACUUCAACAUACAGUCUUUCGUUCGCCCCGUCUGUCCACCUGCAGCGCAAAGUCUUCCACCUGACUACCUUCUGAUAUUGGGUUGUCUUCAAGCAUGAAAUGAAACACAAUGAAACGUUAUUUUUUGUAUAAUUCUUCUAGAUAAGUGUACUGAAUGUGAAAUAACUAUGUUAUGAAGAUAUCUAUUAUUUACAACAUAAUGAAGUACCAGGCAUGAAAAGAAUGUUGUUUUUACAGAAAGAAUAUAUUUUAUCUAAAAUUUAGGCAUAUAAUAUAUUUAAUUAAAAAUUAAUCACAUUGUAAGUGGGAAUAUAAGUUAACCAGAUGUGGAGUAAUUUUCAUAUACAUUUCUUACUUUUUUAACUUUUAAAUUCAUAUAUUAUGUUCCCACUGACAUAUUUUUAAUGAAAAUUUUGAUAUUUAAUAUUUGACUGGUGCUGUGGCACAACUAAAUACAAUCAUUAUGAGUAAUAGAACUUGCAAGAUUGUUAUUUUUGUUGUGGGAAAAAUAUUUUACUAAAACUAAUUGCACACAGUAUUUAAUUGUAAAUGAACCAUGUUCUCAGAACAUAUGACUUAUAUUUGGAUGAAAUUACUGAAACAACAGUAACAGCCAAUUGAAAUGUAUCUUAAAUUGUGUUUUUCUUCAGUUGAUCUAUGCUGUUUUCCUCCAAAGAAUGGAACAUGCUUCAUAGCAUACUUUACAAGCAACAUGUCUCAGUUUGUAAGAAAUGACUGAUCAUAAACUUCAUACAUUUUUUUCUACCUUUUACGUGAUCUCAUGUAGUUUAUGGUGUUUGUGGUUAUGAUCAUGAGAAGAAACACUUGUGAUCUGUAAUAAAAGCAGUGAGUGAUGAAGUAUAUGGAAUGUGCUGGCUUUGUUGUCUAAGAGUAGCAAUAUGUGUGAUACACAUGGUUCUCCAGAACUAUUAUGACACUUUGCAUAACAAUGAAUUCCAACUAGUUUCCCUUUGAUUCUUUAAAAGUUAUAAGAAUGUGAUGAAAAAUGGUGACUAAAAACUCUCCAAACAAAUGAAUGUGAAUGUAGUAAUAAUAAUCCAAGGGCUAUACUAAUAUCUCCAAAGGAAAUAUUCAGUAUGUGCAGAAAUUAUUUGUCUUCCAUGUUCUUCUUGGUUCACAGAAAUUAAAUAUUCUAUUGUUGUUACUUGAUGCAAUUACUGUAAAUGAAUUCACUUUAUUUGUA